AUGUUGAAAAUGUGCUUGUUCUGUGUGGCCUAUAUGGUGAGCAAUGUAUAUGGUACACUAAUAACUUCACCUCCAACCAAUACAUCUGCUGCUGUAGGAACAGACGCUUUCUUAACUUGUCUUGUUUCUAAUAAAGGAACAGAUAAAGUCAAAUGGAGAAAGGAAGGGGAUACAGAAACCUUGACAGCUGAUUCUGUAUCUGUUAAAAGUAACAGAUACAAAGUAACUGGUACUAAUAAUAACUAUAAUCUAACCAUAACCUCUGUUACUGUACAAGAUGAAGGUCAAUAUAUUUGUGAAGCUGGUGAUACCGGAAGUGGACCAACUGUUUCAAGAAAAGCUUCUCUUUCUGUCGUCGCUCUACCAACUAAUUUGAGUGUAUAUUGGAGCACCCCACCAGUGGAAGGACGUACAGCUAAUUUAACAUGUAGAGCUACUUAUGGACGUCCACCACCAACUCUCACUUGGUUUAAGGAUGAGCUUCCCUAUAACCCAUUGACGCCCACAACUAGCAAUGUUAAUUCUCAAGGCUAUGGAGAUGCUUACAGUACACUAUAUAUUCCAAUCAAUUCACAGACUGAAGGAAGAAGGUUUAGAUGCCAGACUGAUUAUCCCGGGUGGACGCGAGCUAAAGAAUAUACGAUAACUACCCAUUUAACAGGUUUGAUAUAA